AAUAUACCAGUCUAGUCUCACUUUCUACAAAAAAUGUUUUCACUUCCGGGCCGGAAUCGAUUCUUCUGUUGCUGUCGUAUUUCUGCUGACUACUCCCUCAGUUCGUGAAUUACAUUUGCACAAAGUUUCCUUUUAUUCAGGACAGAAUUUCAUCAGUGACCCGAGGAAAUGUCGCUCAGAGUGAGUGUCAGCGCAGCCUGGAGGGCAACGCGGACGCUGUGGCUGCUGCUGCUGGUGAGUCUGUCCGUGAGCAUCUGUGUGUGCCGAGCAUCAUCACCCCAGGAGGAGGACAGUGCCAUGGAGAACAUCGUUACGGAGAAAAGGGCAGAGGAGAGCCACCGGCAGGACAGCGCCGACCUGCUCAUCUUCAUCAUGCUCCUCACCCUCACCAUCCUCACCAUCUGGCUGUUCAAACACCGGCGCUUCAGGUUCCUGCACGAAACGGGACUGGCGAUGAUUUACGGACUAAUUGUCGGCGUGGUCCUGCGAUACGGCAUCCACGUGCCUCGAGACGUCAGCAACGUGACGCUCAGCUGCCACGUCAACGCCAGCCCCGCCACCAUCCUGGUCAACGUCAGCGGCAAAUUCUACGAGUACGCGCUGAAGGGGGAGAUCAGUGGCAACGAGGUGAACGAGGUGCAGGACAACGAGAUGCUGCGCAAGGUGACCUUUGACCCUGAAGUGUUCUUCAAUAUUCUUCUACCGCCCAUCAUUUUCCACGCUGGCUACAGCUUGAAAAGGAGACACUUCUUUCGUAACAUGGGUUCCAUUCUGGCUUUUGCCUUUCUGGGCACAGUUAUUUCCUGUUUUGUCAUUGGGCUGCUGAUGUACGGCUGCGUCAUGCUCAUGAAGCAGCUUAGACAGCUGGACGGAGACUUCUUCUUCACGGAUUGCCUCUUUUUUGGGGCUAUUGUCUCGGCCACAGACCCUGUGACGGUCCUGGCGAUCUUCAACGAGCUGCAGGUCGACGCGGACCUUUACGCGUUGCUGUUUGGAGAGAGCGUGCUCAACGAUGCCGUGGCCGUGGUCCUCUCCUCGUCUAUUGUGGCCUAUCAGCCCCAAGGAGACAACAGUCACACCUUCGAGGUCAUGGCCUUGCUGAAGUCCUUUGGCAUUUUCCUCGGGGUUUUCAGCGGCUCCUUCGCUCUGGGAGUUGCCACAGGAGUCGUCACCGCUCUAGUGACCAAAUUCACAAAACUGAGGGACUUCCAGCUGCUGGAGACGGCGCUCUUCUUCCUUAUGUCGUGGAGCACUUUCCUUCUGGCUGAGGCCUGUGGUUUCACAGGUGUGGUAGCGGUGCUGUUCUGUGGAAUCACUCAGGCCCACUACACCUACAACAACCUGUCCCCCGAGUCCCAGGACAGGACCAAGCAGCUGUUUGAGCUGCUGAAUUUCCUGGCGGAGAACUUCAUUUUCUCCUACAUGGGUCUGACCCUGUUCACCUUCCAGAGUCACGCCUUCAACCCGAUGUUCAUCGUUGGAGCUUUUCUGGCAGUGUUCCUGGGAAGAGCUGCUAACAUUUACCCGCUGUCUUUCCUUCUCAACCUGGGAAGACGCAACAAGAUCAGGUCUAACUUCCAGCACAUGAUGAUGUUUGCAGGUUUGCGCGGCGCUAUGACCUUUGCCCUGUCCAUCAGAGACACGGCCACAUACGCCCGUCAGAUGAUGUUCUCCACCACUUUGCUUGUGGUCUUCUUCACGGUUUGGAUCUGUGGCGGCGGCACCACCCAGAUGCUGUCGUGCCAGCGCAUACGAGUGGGCGUAGACUCUGAUCAAGAUAACUCUAUGAGUAUCGCUGAGGGGUCAGAGAGAAGAAGCACCAAACAGGAAAGUGCUUGGCUUUUCAGAAUUUGGUACAACUUUGACCACAACUACCUGAAGCCCAUCCUGACUCACAGCGGCCCCCCUCUCACAGCCACGCUGCCUCCCUGCUGCGGGCCCCUCGCCCGCUUCCUCACCAGUCCUCAGGCUUAUGAGAACGAGGGCCAGCUGAAGAACGACGACUCGGACCUCAUCCUCACGGACAACCUGUCGUACGGCGACAUCACGGUCAGCACCGAUGAAACGGGCGCUCACACCAGCGGCGGACCUUCGGCCUUCGCCGGCGCCGCCUCGGAGGACUUGGACCGAGAGCUGGCGUACGGCGAUCACGAGCUGGUGAUGAGGGGCACGCGCCUGGUGCUGCCCAUGGAUGACUCGGAGCUGCCCUUCACAGACCCCCACCACCGCUUCCGCAUGUGAAGGGCCCCCAGACACCCGUCCGUCUCAAACUGCCCCGAGCCGUUGGGCAAACGAACCGUACCUGGCGCUCCUGUCGCUCUGCCACACAUUUUUCCCCCUUUGCUCUCGUUUCUCCUCUUCCCCCCACGUUUUCUCAGAGGUACAUUUUCUCGCUCCCUCUAACGGCACGUCACUGUCUCUACCUCAUCCUCAUCCUCCUUUCUGUCACCUGCCAUAACUGUAAAGUAUUCCUAUUUAUUUUCAGCCGGUUGCUCUCUGCUGGGUUUGGUGUUCGUCAGUUGCCCCACUGUAGCAUUGCCGAGGUCUAGAAGCAUGUGUUAAUGUGUAAAUGCAAAUACCGGCCACUAGCUAACCUGUCGCUGUGCAGUAUAUCACAGGAGUAGAAUAACUUCGUUAUGCAUGCUGAGGAUGCUUGUAGUUUUCUUUGGAGGUUUGAGGGCUUUUGUGUUUUGGGUCUGGCAUAGAAUGUUGCUGCCUUCUCUGUGCAUCAGAGGCAUGCGGACCCAGUGGACACCCUAACUCUACAUUUGGUUACAAUCAAGUGCCUGGGAAUCGAAGCUUUAGGCCUGACGAUCCAGACGGGCUCCGCUCUGGGAAGCAGAGCCUGUUCAGAAUGGGUUGUCAAGUAGAUGUCGUUUACCUUUUGUUAAUAAAAAAUAUAAAAUGAAAGAGAGAAAAAAAACAUAAACAAAACCCACACAUCUGUCCACAAGGUAGCAAUAUAUGUUUGGGCUUUGAGUUUGUUUAUCGGCUUGUAAAUAGUGUGACAAUGUGACGCCACUGAUGCAGUGUAACCUGGCAGUGAGAGCUUGACAUCUCUCAUUUGACCUUUGACCUUUGACUGUGACAUAGAAGGACUUCACACCUUUAGACGCUGAUGUCUCGCAGCAGGAGCGAAGGGCUGUUGUCCUGAAACGAGAUCCAGGUGAAGAAAGCUUAGUGCCAUUUCUGUCCCGCAUUGUGACAUUUGAUGAAAACUCAAUGCGGACGAGCUUGAAGUGUUUCAUGUUCUGUGUACUGCACUUUAGGUACGAAUAGCAUUUUCCUUGUUUGUUUCUUUUUCUUGGUGCAGGCGUAUGAUUAUGUUUAGACUUGAAUUUUUUUAUUAAGUCAACCUGAACAAAACCUAUUGAUGAAUUUGACACAAUCUGAAGCUCACUAUCAUUGCAUUAAUGAUUACAUUCAAUAUUAAUUAAUGUGCAAUCUCUUUCUGUUCACUUCAUCCCUGAUUUAACCAGAUAUUUACAUUUAUAUUGUAUUAAGAAUUUUUAAUAACUAUUGAAAGUAGCUGUUAUGAGGAUGUGUUAUAUGUAACACAUCAUUGGGUGUAAGAGCAGUAACGCAGCUAUUAAUGCAACAGGAAGUGUUGAUAGAACGUCGCCGUGGCAACGCUGUGUUGACGUUGUGAGGUGCCAGAAAACACUCAGCGACUCAGUUGAAGGCAGCAGUUUUGUGGUUCGGCCUUUCGGGGGGGAAAAUGGGUGUAGGCAAAACGGAUGCAGGCGGGUAAAGAUAGCAUUUAAGAAGAACGGGAGAGAGAAGGACAGUUGGACUUGUUGUCUGUGUUUUAUGUGUUGGGACGAUACAGAGGUGGAAGGAGAAGCAGCUGUUAGAUACAGCUUUUCCUUCCACAGUUAUCUUCUGCUGUGCAGGAACUUCUUAAAACCAUUCAACGUGUUGUGUUUUUUUUUCUUUUUAUACUGAGUCGAGAAUCUUGACACCACGUUAACCAGGAAAUGAUUUAUUCUUUCCUUUCUUUCUGCUUUCAUUACUUUAUGAGAGGGAAGUGGUGAAACAUGAAAAAGAACCGCUGGAUAAUUUGCACUCCUUUGUUUUAUGGUUUAUGUUGAGACGCUUGUUUUAUCAAACAGGGUUUUUUUUAUAUUAUUGACUUCUUUUGCUGGAGGGUGUGUAGAAAACAAGCGCUGUCGUGUCAGUUUAAAGGAUGGAGAAUUUCCAUUUAGUAGGAGUUAACUCGGUUCAUUGUUACUUUGUAAAGAAUGAAUUGCACAACGGCCGUCCUUUCGUCAUAUCACCGUCCAGAAACGCUUGAACGCUGUUACAGAGCUUGAAUGAGAAUGAGGGUCAGCGGAUGGACUCCUCCGGGGAAAAAGUACGAUCAAUAUAUCAAAGCAUUGUGCCACUGUUUUACACCGAUGCACGGAAAUAAAUGUGAAAUGUGCAGACGCUCCGCUAGGUCUCGGUAUCUGCCUCCCGCUGUGUGUCGUCUCUGUUCUCUGAAUGGUGACCCAUCAGCUUUGAUGGUUGGACCCGUAGCUGACCAAAGAGGCCUGCGGUGCUCUGUGAUUUCAGACAGUCCGCUCUGUCGUCAUUUUCCAAACCGCGCGUGCGUGUGUGAGAGGAGAUGAGCUCCAUAGUUCUCCCUACUUCUGUGUUGCAGGUACUGACUGUUUACAUGUGUGUACAUAUACUCUCACCUGUUCCCGUGCGUGCAACGGUCAAUAAACACAAGCUUGUGCUUUUGAUUAAA